AUGGAAAAUCCGCACGAGGUGGCUUUGAUUGACGUGCCCUUUGAGGAGCGACUCGAUUCCUCUGAGCCAUUGCUGCCAGCGCUGGCGGCGAGGCAUUGGAGAGAUGAUAAGACGCUGCUUUUUGAAAUUCCAUGGGAUGUGGAAGACGAGACGGGCCCCGCCUAUGAAGCGCUGUUUGCGCUGCUGGCGGAGGACGUCGAGUCCAGGGAGCUUGCGGAAGAGGGAGUAGCUCCCACAAGGCUCCGACUUGCUGCAGCUGAGCUUUUGCAGCAGAGGAUCCAGGACGCGCUCGACAAGAACCUGGCUAACGAGAGGCAGCUGUCUCGCAAAGACCUGGCCGGCAGGAAGCAUGGCGAGUUCGAGGCAAGGCUGCAUGAAGCUGCCAUUCGGCUUUUGCAGAACGAGAGGCCUCUUUUGGAGGAUGAACUGGUUUUCACUGAGGAUCAGUGCUCUUCCUUGCGAAGUGACCUUGAGGAAUCGCAGCUGUAA